AUGAGUUAUGAUGAUGAAGUUUGGAUAGAAGACUAAAAGGAAAUUUGCAAAAUUGAAAGGCUCAAUGAGGCUUAAGCUGCUAAAAAAUUCAGGGUUGACCCUUUGGCUAAAUAAGGAAUAUAAGACCUUCUAUGUCUAUCAGAUUUGAAUGAAUUCAAUUGUCUUCAUAAUAUUCGAAUUCGAUAUUUGAGAGAAUAAAUCUACACACAAAUUGGCUCUUCUAUUUUAGUUUCAAUUAAUCCUUAUGUUUUUCUACCAAAUGUCUAUAACCAAGAAACAAUAGCUUAUUACAAAAUCAAGCUUGGACAACACCAAUCCGAAUUGAAAACUAGCGUUAGAGAGAAUGAAUUUCAUCCUCAUUUAUUUAAAAUUGCACAACUUUCAUUCGACUAAUUGUUUGAAACUAAAACAAAAGAAUUAAGAAUAUGCUCAAUGAUCAUUUCUGGGGAGAGUGGAUCAGGAAAAACAGAAUCAACAAAAAUACUUUUGAAAUACUUGGCAGCUGAAUCAAAAAGCGGUUUAUUUAGAACUAUUUAACAGGGAUAAACUAUUGAAUAACAAAUAUUUGCAUCUAAUCCAGUGCUAGAAGCAUUUGGUAAUGCUAAAACUGCCAGAAAUGACAACUCUAGUAGAUUUGGAAAGUUUAUGCAUUUAUAUUUCAAUGCAGAUACUAAAAGAGUUAGUACAGCUAAAGUAGAUAAUUACUUAUUAGAAAAAAGUAGAGUUGUUAAGAUCAAUAAUUAAGAAAGGAAUUAUCACAUUUUUUAUUAAAUAAUAGCAUCAUAAAUACCAGAAUUAAAGCUCUAAGCUCCUAAUAAAUAUGAAUAUUUAAAAGGAGGGGAUUUGAAUUAUUAACGAGACGAGAAGUAAGAAUUUGAAGAAACUGAUAAAUGUUUAGAUAAUUUAAAUUUCAGUCCUGAUCAAAAGAGAUAUAUAUAUCAAAUACUAGCUGGAUUACUACAUCUAGGGAAUAUUCAAAUUUUAUAUGAUUCUUAAAAAUCUACAUUGAAACUUGAUGAUUCUGUUAAAUUGGCCUCUUAAUUAUUAGGAAUUUAGAUUUAAUAUUUAGAAGAUUUAAUUUGCAAAGUCUUUAAUUAUGUGGGAAAGGAGACAGUAACUAGAAAUAAUAAUUUAGAAAGUGCUUAAAGUGCUAGAGACACAUUAGCAAAACAUUUAUAUGAGAAGCUAUUCAAUUGGUUAAUAACUAAGAUUAAUGAACAAUUGUUGAAUAUCAAAUCUUUAAGCUUUUAGAAUUAACAGUAACCAUAGUUAACAAAAUAUAUGAUAGGCAUUUUGGAUAUUUUUGGAUUCGAAAUUUUCACAGAUCCAAAUGGAUUGCACACAAACAGUUUUGAGUAAUUAAACAUUAAUUUUACGAACGAAAAAUUACAAUAGCACUUUAAUGAGUAAAUGUUUGUAACUGAGUAAAAAGAAUAUGACUAAGAAUCAAUUAAAUGGCAAUAAAUUAAGUUUCCAGAUAAUAAAAAAAUAAUUGAUCUAAUUGAAAAUUCUUAAACUUCAAUAUAUAAAAUGCUGAUUGAUUAAACUAUUGUGCUAAAUCGAGGAGAUAAGGAGUUUUUGAGUUCUCUUAAAUAAUUGCCUAAAGAUCACUUGGUUUUGGUUAGUGACUUGUAAACAGCCGAAAUUGAAUCUAGAUUUGAUAAGAAAUUACAUAGGGUUGCCAAAUUUGAUUGGUUUUGUUUAAAGCAUUUUGCUGGUGCUGUUGCAUAUAAUGUGUCAGGAUUUGUAGAAAAAAAUAGAGAUUCGAUAAAUUCUGAAGUCUUUAAAGUGCUCCCCAAUAGUACUAAUCCUGUUUUGAAAGAGAUAUGGUCUUAAGUAUAAAAUGAUAAUUAAAAUAUGAAAUAAAACAACGUUGUUACUAAAUUUUAGAACUCAUUGAAAGAUUUGCUGAAUUUAUUGAAUUUAUCCAUACCUAAAUACAUCAGAUGUAUUAAGCCAAACAACUUUAAAUAACCUUUAACAUUUGAUGCUUCAGAAGUCAGAAGAUAGAUGACAUGCGCAGGUUUGAUGGAAGCUAUUUAAAUUAGAAAAGCUGGUUAUGAAAUUAGAUAGAAGCAUUCUGAAUUCAUUAAAAAAUAUUAGCAUCUUGUCAAUAAAAAUCCAAAAAAUAUCAAGAAUAUAGAAGAAAUGCUAAAACUUCUAGGUGAAAAUUAAUAGAUUGGAGCGUUUUUGAAAGAAUAAUAAACCGAAUUAGGCUUUUAAAUAGGAAAGACUAAAUUAUUCAUGAAAUAACAUUUUAGAGAGUAUUUUGAUACCAAACUCAUCGAGUUUAGAUUAAAAUACAUUUUGAAAAUAUAAAAAUAAUUUAGAAUUUAUAGAUAAAUAAAAAUAAUGAAAAAGUAACUAAAAGAAUUGCAUAAUAAACUAAUAAGAAUAAAAAGAGCAAUUAAGCGAUUCUUAUUUUAAAAGUCAAUAGAAAAAAGAAUUAGUUUAAGAAGAAAAAUAAAUGCUCUUGUAUCUUCAUGCAUUAAAGCUUAAUCAAAAAUUAAUAAACAUUAUUCCAUUAAUUAAUUGAAAGAUAGAAUUCAAGAAAUCAAGAAUCUAGAAUAAGCAUAAAUAUUGGACGAUGUAGAAAUCAUUGAUAAAUCUAUUGAAUUUACUAAAGUAUUAAGAAUAGAUUCUGAUUCUAAAGAAAGCGACCUUAUUAGCAAAUAAUAAUAAGAACCCCUUUAAAAGGAAAUCAAGUAACAAAUAGAACCAUAAUAAGAAUAAACUCAGAUAGAAAAAAAGGAGGCUAAUUCAAAAGGAUCCUUCUUAAAAUAAACAGUAAAACAAAAUACUCAAGAAAUAAAAUAAUAAGUCGAUAAAAACUAAGAUUAAAUAAAAUUAUAGGAGUUAGUUCAAUCAAAAGAAAUUCAAUUUUAUGAAGAAAAGUUAAGCUCAUUGAUGAAGGAAAUAGAUGAGGAGAAGAAUAAACGAGUUUAAAUAGAAUAAGAUACCAAUUAACGAAUUUAAUCACUUAAACUUGAAUAAUAAAGCGAAAUAACAGAAGAAAAACAUAGAGAACAGAUUUAAAAAUUGGAAAAUGAAAUAUUCAGAAGAGAUUAAAUAAUCCAUGAUCUCAAUGUUAAAUUGAAUGAUUAUUCAAAGCAAAUCAAACAAUCUAAUUCUAUGAAUCGACUUUCAGAUGUUUAAAAUAUCAAAAUUUCCCAAUUAGAGAGCCAACUUCAGAAGAAAAAUGAUUUGAUAAAACUUUACUAAGAUUAAAUAAAAUCCUUAAAUAAGGGAUGGAGAAUUAAGAUAUUAGAAAAUGAAUGCCUAUUCAAUUACUUUAAUUUAAAGACUUAUUAAUAAAAAUUACCUAUAUACGAGCAAUUCUAGAUUACAUAAAUUGUUGAAACUGGUGAUUUACUUCAAAAAUAAAUUAAAGAUCUUUAAUAAUAAAUAUAGUAGUUAGAACAAUCAUUAUCAAAGUCCUAAAUAACAACAUAAUGA